CAGUACAGUAUACUAAAUACGAAUCUCGUUUUACAAUCUACUUGAUUAUUCAUACUUCAUAAUCAGCAUUUUAAAAAGAAAACAGUUAAAAGUUAAAACUAGAGUUCCCUGCUACGAAUACAUCUUCAGAAUAAUUACCAUACUAUUCAAAUCUGUGUUUACUAAAUCUGUGGGACUGCAUCUAAAAAAAUUAAAAUAUGAUCGCAUCACGAGAUAUUAUAAAUUUAUUACUUAAUCCAACGAAAUUAGAAGUUACUUGUUUUAUGUGUUUUAAAGAAAGUAAUGACUUGUUAAAUAUUUACGAAAAUAGUAUAUACACAGCGAGUCCAAGUCGAUCAAUUAGGUUAGCAAGUGUAAUUAGAGAAAUUUUCCCAAUUCAAAAAAUAUAUCUCCAACAUGCUUGUCAACAAUGUGUUGACUUGAUUCUUAACAUUUACACUCAUUUAAGAAGAAAAAAGUACAUUGAGGGUAUGUUGCUGAAUAUUAUAAAGCAUAUUACUAUAAAAUUAGAUAGCCAUUCAACAUCUUUAAACAAUCUUCAUAUAAAAGUUGACCUACCUUCUGAAACAUAUAAUUUACAGAAGGAGAAAUCAAACAAAGACAAUUGUAAUGUUAAUGCAAUAAAGGAAACAUAUACUCAAGGAUUUAUUUCUGUCUCAGAAAAAAUAUGCCCUAUAUGUUUUAAAGUACUGAAAGGAGAUUUAAAACUUCAUCUGAGGGGACACAGAAAAAUAAACAGAAAGUUAUAUACUUGUGAUAUAUGUGAAUACAAUACUAAAUGUAAGACAACAUUAGAAGGUCAUAUUAACAGUAAACAUUUGAAAUCUAGACCAUACAUUUGUUUUUGUUCUAAAAGUUUUUAUACUAAAAGUGCUUUAGCUGAACACCGCAAAACUCACACACAUAAAAAAGAUAACAUUUGUGAAAUUUGUGGGGAAACAUUCCACUAUAAAAAAAGUUUAAAUAAUCAUUUGAAGUUGCACUCAAAUGACAAAACAUUUGAGUGUCUAGUCUGUAAUCAAAGAUUUGUGAACAAGAGUCGUGUAAAUGAUCAUAUGAAAAGAAAACAUGGUGAAAAAAGAGAGAUAUGCUAUGUGUGUGGUAAAAAGUUUGUUUUAACAAAAGAAUUGUUACGACAUAUGAAAUUAGUUCAUAAAGAUUGUGAUGUUGUUCUUAAUAAUCAACAACUUUUUCUAGAUCCUUUGCCUAUAUGAGUAAAAAUAUAAUUGAAAGUUGGAAAUCACAUAGUACAUUGGCAAAUCUUUUAAUGUUUGUUAUUAACUCUCUGGAAACACACAUUUAAAUAAAAGAGUUCAGCUUAAUAAAAAUAUAUUUAUUUGAUUUAAACAAAGAGUAUAAGAUUAAAUAAGUCUCUUAAUUAAGCUUAUUAAAGGCAGUGGUGUUGAGUAUUUUACAAAAAAUAUUAUUUUUAGUAUAUUCCAAUAUCAAUAGAUUUCCAAAAUCUUUUGAUUUUAUAUUUGGUCAGCCCAGCUGUGUGAGC